GUUAUCUGUGAUACCCACAAUCGCAAAUGUCGCGAAAACCUAACCUCGUCGGCUCUCGAGCCGAAUUUCGAUUGAAAUGACGAAUAUAUUGGACGAUUUCGUCAAAAAGAUGUUCCGAACUUUGACGGGGACCGAAGCGGACGCCAAUAUCAUAAAAAGACACACGUCAAAUUUAGAAGAUGUAGGUGAAAUCAGUUUCCCUCUGCUGUCAAAGUGUUGGAGUGCCUACAUCGACGACGAAACCGACGUUUUGGUGCGCAAAUUCGACGAAAGUGACCGCGAGACGACCGUGAAAGAGUUGUGCGACAGCCUCGUGUAUCGUAUUUUCAAAAUACGACGCUAUAAAAUUGUAAAAGACCGCGCGUAUUUGUAUCUCGAAAGGCAGCCCGUAUAUUUACACGCGAUUUCCGCGGUCGUUGCGCAAAAAUUCGACUACGGCAGAAGCGAAACGCUGAAGUGCGUUAUAAGUGUAAAAUUGGACGGCCCCGAUACCGUAGACGAUUUAAGUGCCUUGAGGAUGUCGCUAAUAAAAACGAUCGUGGAAAAUUUAUUAAAAUUCGUGACCGCUAAAAAUUCGGAUGGGGCGAAAACCAUAGUUCUGUCACAGACGGCAGAUGGCGACAGUAUACUGUGCGGCGCGGUGAUCAACGACGGAGGUGUCAAAGACACGGACCGUAGUGUUAGUGAUUUUUACGACAAACGAAUCGCAGAUCUCAGAACGAUGUCUCGGCACAGACUAGGGGUCCAAGUUUCAGAGGAGCACUUUAAAAAAUUGGCCGAGGCGUCGGUGGCGCUGGAAAUGUUGGCUAACAAACCCCACAAGUGUAUAAAAAUACCUAUGGACGGUGUAAAUAAGAACUCGCUAUUCGUAGUCUACAAUUACGCGAGGUUAUGCGCGUUGCUCAAAGAAUUCGAUAGCAGGGUGACGCGGGGAAUUUACCCCGCGAUAGGAGACGUGAAAGACAUCGAUUUCGACCUCCUAGACCGACGGGAAGAGUGGGAAUUGGUGUACGUGUACGUUUUGCAGUUCCCUGCGGUUAUCGAAAGCUGUAUCGGUGAUAUUGAGAGCGGCGUGAUAAACCCUCAACACCUAGUAACAUUUUUAAUAAACUGGUCGUCCCUAUUUAGCGUUUACUACAACAAAUGUCGCAUCUUGGUGGACCCCAGGGUACACUUGUUCGGGUUGAUACACGCGAGGAUGUGUUUGAUAAACGGAUUACGAUGGGUUGUACACAAUUCGUUACGCAUGUUGGGUAUCGACCCCGUGACCCAAAUGUGAUAACUUGAAUUUUAUUUUAAAAAAAGGGUGGUUUUGAUUAAUUCGCCGUUUUUACGUUAAUGUCAAAUUUCCUAACCUAAAUUUGUCACCGUGUUGUUGCUAGUUACCAAUACGUAAUUUUAGAGUGAGGUAGAACGGCCAUUUUUUCGACAGCUGCCAAAGUUUGGAAUGUAAAAUUUUACGAUCCGAUAUUUCAAGUUUGUUAUUAAUGACACUACAAUGACAGUGAAACAUUAUUUAAGGGCGUAAUUAUUAAAAAAAAAUCUAGAUUUUGCUCGGUGGGUAAUAUUGGCACUUAAAAACAAAUUUAUUGGAGAGAUGAACUUGAUUUUGUUAACCAGUGGCGGCGUGAGAUCCCAAUAAUUAAUUUACAUUUUUAUAACCAUUUUUACCUGUAGAGAAUAGUUAGUUUUAUAAUGUUAUGUUUUCUAUUUUCAUGUCUAAUACUUAAUAAAUAAUUAUAAACUCUUAAAUAGCUCCUAAUAAUUAAAAACCUAGCCCAUGUUAUUUCUCCUCGCUAAUAUAGCCUAUAU